CUCCUUCUCCACCAUCGAGGUGACAGCGAUCAUGAUACGACAGCCUGCAAUAGAGAAAGUCGGUUCCAUUGAGGCCCUCGAGGUGGGUAUCUGAGACGUAGCUGAAGAUGGGUAACCAUACGUUUUCCGUGUUCGUCUGUCGACCCUUCGUCGUGUGGGUCUCACCUGGAAAUGUAGUCGCCAAAGUUGGUCCCCUGCACUCUGCUGAUUGAGCAGUUCGGCCGUAUUGUUAUGCGCCGGCCGCCGGUGGAUGCGAGAGAGCAGUUUAAGGUGAAUUUUUCGACUUUGUCUCCAUCCUCAACAACGCAGCCCUCCAAUGGAUCACCCUCAACUCCAUAGUCAUUUCUGAUUGAGACAUCGCCAUCAGCCAGCAGAGCUAUAAGGGAAUCAUUUGCCGCUGAGACACAUGAGAAAACACAUCACACAUCUGCUUCACGUGUUUGUCUUGUCGUUGCUUACACCACUGGGGGGACCAACCACUGCUGCCGAAGAGUACGUAAGCACCUGCUUCUCCGUUGCCGUCGCCCGACAUAACACUGUUCAUAAUGGAAUUGGAAGAGAUGAUGAUGUCAGAGACACCAUCCCUUGCAGCCACACAAAGGACGAAGUGCACGCACGGCAGUGGAUUAAUGACGAUGAGGUGAAGGUGUUUGCUGAUCACUUUUUGGUGGAGCGGGAAGCGCACCGACCGGUGUGCCGUCCGAGAGCAUGUGGAAGAAAAUGCUCGGGAAAAGCAGGGCCUGGACCAAAAGGAGCGAGAGAGAAACACGUUGCAGCCCCUUCUCCUUUCCUUUGACGUGUGAGUGGCUGCCUACAUCAGGGUAGAGCAGAGGACAUGUCGUGCCAGGCGACGUGGCCGCGAUGUUUUGCAGGAAGGCCUGCUGGUCCAGGUUGCCGCAAUGGGGCGGUCCCGCGACAGGAGGCCAUAGAUCGGAUUAAGCAGGAACUCCCUCGGGAUCGUCAUCCAACCCAUUGAAGCUGCCUCGUCGUGCAGCUUGGCAGCGAUCUGUGCGCUAUCCGUCUGGAGGACGAAACCAUCGUCGUCAUAGGUUGCUGUUGGACACCCUCCCCAGAACUCAUCACCAGCUCGGCCUCGUCUAGGCUGCCGUCAGAGGCCUCCGAGGCCAGCUCCCAGCUGCCCGCAUGUCUCUCCCCUCCUGCGGCCUGCUCCUCCUCCUGCGGCUGCUGCGCAGGUCCCUGGUCCUCACUCUCCGACGUGACGUCAGCACUUGGCUGUGCAAAGUGCUUCACUUGGACCAGCGGAGACACGUCGGGCUGUCCAUCGUCCCUGGUAGCGUCGGCCAUCAGCCUCUUGGCACAGCUCAGGCACAGCGCCACCGAGCAGCAGGGACAUCGCCAGCGCGCCUUGCGAGUGCAUGUGCUGACAGGGGGGCGGCUGGUGGUGGAGGGCUCUGUCUCCAUAGAUGUCGACGCCGAAACAGCGGUGUGGUGUUCCGUGCGCGUGUGCAUCUUCGUCCGCACGCAAGUCGACGCGUGCUUGCGCAGGUGUGCGCACAAAGUCAUUCAUGAUAUACACGCAUUGGAAGUCGACGCGGCCUUGCGCAGGUGUGCGCACAAGUCGACGCGUGCUUGCGCAGGUGUGCGCACAGAGACAUUCAGGAUAAAUACGCACUGGAAGUCGACGCAUGCUUGCGCAGGUGUGCGCACAGAGGACGCAUGCUUGCGCAGGUGUGCGCACAGAGACCUUCAUGAUAUACACGCACUCGAAGUCGACGCGUGCUUGCGCAGGUGUGCGCACAGAGACAUUCAGGAUAUACACGCACUCCAAGUCGACGCGUGCUUGCGCA